AUGUUCGGCAGCACUGGAUUCGGACAGAAGCCCGGAGGCUUUGGCGCCGCCAAUACCGGCACGACCGGUAACACUGGUGGCGGGUUUUCGUUCGGCCAGAAUAACAAUUCCAACUCCACUAACACCAACACUGGCGGAGGAUUCGGGUUUGGCCAGAACAACACCAAUCAGACCAGCAACACGGGCGGUAACACUGGAGGAGGCUUUUCGUUUGGCCAAAACAACAAUGCUGGAGCCUCUAACACCGGAAACACCGGAGGAGGACUUUUUGGAGCCAAGCCUGCUGCCACCACUGGAGGAGGGCUGUUUGGUCAGAACACAAACACUGCCGGUACUACUGGUACUACAGGCACAUCUGGAGGUUUCUCUUUCGGCCAGAACAACAACAACACCACUUCGAACACAAGCACAACCGGAGGCGGUCUCUUUGGAGCUAAGCCUGCUGCCCCCUCAGGUGGGGGGCUGUUUGGACAGAACACAUCCAAUACUGCCAACACCGGAACCACAGGCACCACCGGUGGACUUUUCGGCCAGAACAACAACGCCGCUUCUACUAACACGGGCGGCGGACUGUUUGGUGCAAAACCCGCCACCACUACUACUUCAGGAGGUGGUCUUUUCGGUGCUAAGCCUGCUACUACCGGUACCGGCUUUGGAGGAGGAUUUGGACAGAACACAAACACAAACACAAAUACUGGAGGACUUGGAUUUGGUCAGCAACAGCAACAGCAGCAGCAACAACAGCAACAACAGCAGCAAUUGACCGUCACUCCUCUGACCAGACCGUCGGAUCUACCGGAACAUAUGCAGAAGGAGUUUGAACAGAUCGACGAAUACAUUCAGCAGCAGGCCCGAAUAUGCGAUGAGCUGUCCACGAACAAGCUGCAGCAUCAGGAGAUGAUCGAGUCGAUCCCCCGAGAUGCUGAGCUCAUCUCCAGAAAGUACAUCACUGCUUACGAGGCUCUGGUGCACGACUCCGAAAACAUGAACGAGAUCAAGACUCGAUCAGACAUUGCCGCACAAGAGGCGCAGACGUGUUUCAACCUGCUCAGCUACCUGACCAGUCAGACUCCUGGCCGUCUCAACUCCAACCGACCCGCUGGAGCUCCCAGAGAGAACGGCGAUCCUCUGCUCAACUACUUUAAGACAAAGUGUGAGGAGUACGAGAAGCGAAUUGAGGAGCUGGCAAAGGUGACGGCCGAGGUGGAGGCUGGUGUUGUGGGACUGGAACAAAGCGGACCUCAGAACCCUUCUGUGGUCAUUGACAACUUUACCAUUUCGCUGGAGGAGCUAUACAAGCUGUUCAUGGGUCUUGGAAACCGGGUGGCCGAGUUGCAUCAUGUUGUCGAGCGGCUUGAGCAGCGGAAGUAA